CACCUGUGCGUGUCUGAUCACAGCCAUACUGAUCGAGUCCGACACUCCUGAUCUCUUAUAAUAGUCCAUCUAUAUUUAUUUAACCUUCUCAGUGGAGUUUCAGGACUCUGUUUGUGGAGAUGUGGGACCUUCAUAUUGAUCCUGAACUCAAAAAAGGGUCUGAUUGGCGUUUCGUCAGUCUGUAGAUUCAGAGCUAAACCACAGACAUGAUCACAGAUCAGCAGUCCAGCCCAGAAAAUCAGACUGAUUUCAACAUGCUGAAGCAUGCAGACGAGAUCAGGUGUGAAGGAGACCAGCCAGACAGAGAGCUGGAGGAACCGAGCGACCGCAUAGAGAAGCCUGAGGAUGAGGAUGAGGAUGAAGAACAGCUCCAGGACGCCUGGUGUCCAGAGAAAGCCAUGCAGGCGUUCACGCCGAACGUGACGAUCGUGCAGCCGACGGGACACGAGGACCUCCAGAAGCACAUUGAGAUGGAGAAGACUCCUCUACAUGUGCAGAACUUCCACACAAACCCUCCUGAACAUUUCCACCCGCCGUGGAUUGACGAUAUAGACAAACCCCAAGACAGUCGUGUGGAGUGUGUGCGGUUGUGUGUGUGUGUAACGGCUGCCGCGGUGAUUUUCCCGUUACUGACGUGGGCAGGAUACAAGCUCCUCCCCUUCAAAGCCCCGCCCCUCGACAGCUCCGCCCUCCAGCUGAUCUACACACUGCGCUGUGCGUUCUUCGCCAGCAUUCCCAUCGUGCUCGGUGUGCUGGUUCAGGGUGCGUCGCGUCUGAGGUUCGGGACGCUGAAGCCUCUGUUUGACGGGACGUGGGAGAACCGCGAGGUGGCCGUUCACGAUCAUUACGUGCGAGACUCGCUGCACCUGUACCUGCUCUACUUCCUGCAGCUCGCUGUCAUGGCAACGUACACCCAACAGGAAAUGCUCAAACUGGUGCCGCUCCUCACCAUCAUCUUCGUCUUCGGCAGGCUGAUCUACUGGGUGUGUGUCGUGUUCGGCAGCAGUGUACGAGCGCUUGGAUUCGCUCUCUCCUUUCUGCCUCUGCUUGUUCUGCUGGCCGCAAACCUUUAUUUCAUUGGCUCGGCGAGCGGACAGGAGGCGGUGUUUCACGUGGCCCCGCCCCCUACAGUGUCACCCCCAAAACAGAGGUGGUGGGGCUGAAAACCACGUCCGAAUAAUCAGAAUUAUCACUUAAAUAGCGAGUCUUUUACUGCCGACGUCACAUCCGUCCAGCCAGACGAUCAAAACAUAAAGACUGAAUGAAAGACUCUCGCUCGCACUGAAAGGCAGAGAUGAUGAAUGGGACGAAACUCAAUAUGCGUCAUGAGACAAAACCAGUUUAACUGCUGCAAACGCUCGUGUUUCGGUCUUUCAGCAAAUCUGACCUCAGUAGUUACUCACUAUGACUACACACACACACACACACACACACACACACGCACACACUUUCACACUCUCUCACACACUCUCACACACGCA